AUGUCUCUUGAGGAUGUGGGAAGCACGAACGGUCUUGGGGUUGAGAGCAGUGCUUCAGACCACUUCGAUGGCAAGUCUCUGAGCCAAGGUCAGGACCCGGAUCUGGAGAACCAGAGCCAAAGCCAGGACGGCAUAUUUCUGGAGCAUAUGGCCUCUCUGUCGAUGGACAUGUUUGAACCCAGUGACUUUACCGGGAGGUUCAGUAAGAUCCAGUCGAGGUCCAGAAAGCGCACAAGGAUAAUCAGAGCCUCUCCCGUGGGUCUGAAACCCCCCCUCCCGCCAGUCAGUGGAACCUUGGGAGAGAGAAGGGGUCCUGUCGUCAUGGCGCCCGUCAACGUGGACCCUGAGAGUAAGCCGGGCGAGUUCGUCCUGAAGAGCCUGUUUGCCAACUUCACCUUGCUCUCCGAACGCAAGAUCCGCAUCAUCAUGGCCGAACCACUGGAGAAGCCACUUAACAAAUCUCUACAGAGAGGAGAAGACCCACAGUUCGACCAGCUGAUCAGCUCCAUGAGUUCUCUGGCCGAGUACUGCCUGCCGUCCAUCCUGAGGACUCUGUUCGACUGGUACAAGAGGCAGAACGGCCUGGAGGACGAGUCCCACGAGUAUCGACCCAGGGCCAACACCAAGUCAAAAAAUGAUGAACAACAGAAGGACUACUUGUUGGAGAGAAGAGAUCUGGCAAUAGACUUCAUCUUUUCUUUAGUGCUUAUAGAGGUUUUAAAGCAGAUCCCACUCCAUCCUCUGUUGGAUGGACUCAUCCAAGAAGUUAUAAACCUGGCCUUCAAGCACUUCAGAUAUAAGGAAGGGUAUCUGGGACCCAACACUGGCAACAUGCACAUCGUGGCUGACCUCUACGCUGAAGUAGUGGGAGUCGUGGCUCAGUCCAGGUUCCCAGCAGUGAGGAAGAAGUUCAUCUCCGAGCUGAAGGAGCUGAGGCAGAAGGAGCAGAGCCCCUACGUCAUCCAGUCCACCAUCAGCCUCAUCAUGGGCCUCAAGUUCUUCCGCAUCAAAAUGUACCCGGUGGAAGACUUUGAAGCCUCCUUCCAGUUCAUGCAGGAGUGUGCGCAGUAUUUCUUGGAAGUGAAGGAUAAAGACAUUAAACACUCAUUAGCCGGACUCUUUGUGGAGAUACUCGUACCUGUAGCUGCUACUGUGAAGAAUGAGGUGAACGUGCCGUGUCUUCGAAAUUUUGUAGAAAGUUUGCACGACACCACGCUGGACCUGUCCUCAAGGAAGAAACACUCUCUGGCUCUGUAUCCUCUGGUGACCUGCCUGCUGUGUGUCAGUCAGAAGCAGUUCUUCCUCAGCCGCUGGCACAUUUUCCUCAACAACUGCCUCUCCAACCUCAAGAAUAAAGAUCCCAAGAUGGCCCGUGUGGCUCUGGAAUCUCUCUACCGUCUACUGUGGGUUUACAUGAUCCGAAUAAAGUGCGAGAGCAACACUGGAACACAGAGUCGUCUGACGUCCAUCACCUCCACUCUGUUCCCCAAGGGGAGUCGGAGCGUCGUGCCCAGAGACAUGCCGCUUAAUAUCUUCGUCAAGAUUAUCCAGUUUAUUGCACAGGAGAAACUGGAUUUCGCCAUGAAGGAAAUCAUCUUUGACCUGCUGAGUGUCGGGAAACCUGCCAAAGCUUUCAGUCUGAACCCAGAGCGUAUGAACAUUGGUCUGCGGGCGUUUCUGGUGAUAGCAGAUGCUCUGCAGCAGAAGGACGGAGAGCCUCCUAUGCCCAACACAGGAGCCACCCUGCCCUCUGGAAACUCUCUGAAGAAGAAGAAAACUUAUCUCAGCAAGACGCUCACUGAAGAGGAAGCCAAGCUAAUAGGUAUGUCCUUGUACUACUCCCAGGUACGAAAGGCAAUGGACAGCAUCCUCAGACAUUUGGACAAGGAGGUGGGACGCUGCAUGAUGCUCACCAGCGCCCAGAUGCUCAACAAAGAACCAGAGGACAUGAUCACUGGUGAACGGAAGCCUAAGAUCGACCUGUUCAGAACGUGCGUGGCUGCUAUUCCUCGCAUCCUCCCUGAUGGCAUGUCCAAACCUGAGCUCAUUGACCUGCUCUCACGACUCACUGUGCACAUGGACGACGAGCUUCGUCUCAUUUCCCAGAACUCCCUGCAGAGCCUGUUACUGGAUUUCUCAGACUGGAGGGAAGACGUUCUGUUUGGUUACACACAUUUCCUUCUACGUGAGGUUCAAGACACACAUCAGGGUCUGCAGGAUGCAUCUGUGAAGCUUCUCCUCCAGCUGCUCACACAGUGGAGGUUAGCUCUGCAGCUCCAGGGGAAGACGCGAGGCGGAGCUGAGUCGAGCCCCAGACUUCCAGAACGAAGCCCUCAUUGCUCAGUGCUGCAUGCGGUGGAGGGCCUGGCUCUGCUGCUCCUCUGCUCGUGUCAGAUCAGCACGAGGAAGCUGGCGGUUGGCGUGUUGAGAGAAAUACGUUGCCUCUUCACGGCUCUGGGUCAUGCUGAGGAUGAUGACAAACCAAUGAUAGAGGUCAUGGACCAGCUGAGCCCAGCUGUAAUGGACAGCAUUGCUCAUGUGGCUGUCUCUGACUCGUCCACUUUGCCGCUGAACCACCACGUUGACCUCCAGUGGCUGGUGGAGUGGACGGCUCGACUGGUGAGCAGCUCCUAUGACGUGAAGAGCCCGAGUCACGUCUGGAUCUUUGCCCAGUGCCUGAAGGACCCGUGGGUGCUCUGUCUGCACAUCUUCUUGCGGCAGGAGCACCUGCCCAAGCACUGCCCCAUCGCCCUGGGAUACGCCUGGCCCUACGCCUUCACACGGCUGCAGCUUCUACUUCCUCUGGUUGACCCCAACAGCCCGAUGAACGCUAAGAAGACCAGCACAGCGGGCUCCAGUGACAACUACAUCUCACUGUGGCGUAACUACCUGAUCAUGUGUCUGGGCGUGGCUAAGCCCAGCAUCAUGUCCCCGGGUCACCUCAGGGCUUCCACACCGGAGAUCACAGCCACCACGCCCGAUGGCAGCGUCACCUACGACAACAAGGUGAUAGGCACUCCCUCAGUGGCCUGGCUUUUAAAACAGCUCGUCCCGCUGAUGAGAGCUGAGAGUCUGGAGAUCACAGAAUCUCUGGUUCUGGGAUUCGGAUGCACGAACGCUCUGGUCUUCAGGGAGCUGGUGGAAGAACUCCAUCCACUGAUGAAGGAAGCACUGGAACGUAGGCCAGAGAACAAGAAACGUAGAGAAAGGAGGGAUCUUCUCAGGCUGCAGCUGCUGAGGAUUUUUGAACUGUUAGCCAACGCAGGAGUUAUCAGUGACAGCACCAACGGAGCACUGGAGCGUGACUCCCUGGCACUGGGUGCCUUGUUCCUGGAGUACGUGGAUCUGACCCGGAUGCUUCUGGAGGCUGAGAAUGAGAAGGAGCUGGACGUGCUCAAAGACAUCAGAGCCCAUUUCAGUGCGAUGGUGGCUAAUAUCAUCCAAUGUGUUCCUGUCCACCACAGGCGCUUCCUCUUCCCUCAACAGUCCCUGAGACACCACCUCUUCAUCCUCUUCAGCCAAUGGGCUGGACCCUUCAGUGUCAUGUUCACCCCCCUUGAUCGUUACAGUGACCGCAACCAUCAGAUCACUCGCUACCAGUAUUGUGCUCUCAAGGCCAUGUCAGCAGUUCUGUGUUGUGGUCCAGUGUUUGACAACGUGGGUCUCUCUACUGAUGGAUAUCUCUACAAAUGGCUUGACAACAUCUUGGCCUGCCACGACUUACGGGUGCACCGUCUGGGGUGUGAGGUGGUGAUCCUGCUCCUAGAACUGAAUCCAGACCAAAUCAAUCUGUUCAACUGGGCAGUGGACCGCUGCUUUACUGGAUCUUACCAGCUGGCGUCCGGCUGCUUCAAAGCCAUUGCCACCGUGUGUGGUAACAGGAACUACCCAUGUGACCUUGUGACCCUGCUCAAUCUGGUUCUGUUCAAAGCCUCCGACACCAGCAGAGAAAUAUAUGAGAUAUCAAUGCAGCUGAUGCAGGUGCUGGAGUCUAAGCUGUGUGCGUACUCUAAGAGGAUGGUGGAGCAGAAGCCUGGUAACAUCUUGUAUGGAACACAUGGCCCCCUGCCCCCCCUCUACAGCGUCAACCUGUCUCAGCUCUCCAUCCAGCUGGCCAGCAUGUACCCGGAGCUCACACUGCCUCUUUUCUCAGAGGUGAGCCAGCGUUUCUCAACCACCCACUCCAACGGCAGACAGAUCAUGUUGUCCUACCUGCUGCCCUGGCUUAGUAACAUUGAGCUGGUGGACACGGGGCUCCUACCACCUGCAUCGAGCCCCUGCACACCAGAGGAAGAACCACGCGGUCAGGGGCGGGGCAUGAGUCUAUCCCCAAGUCUGAGAGGUAACGGUUGGGGCUCCCUGCAGGCGACCUCGCUGGUGCUCAACAACCUCAUGUUCAUGACUGCUAAGUAUGGAGACGAGGUUCCUGGCCCAGAGAUUGAAAACGCCUGGAACGCCCUCGUGUCCAACGAGAGGUGGAGCAACAACUUACGGAUCACCCUGCAGUUCCUUAUCAGCCUGUGUGGAGUCAGUAGUGACACUACACUGUUGCCUUAUAUCAAGAAGGUGGUGAUAUACUUGUGUCGCAACAACACCAUCCAGACUAUGGAGGAGCUCCUGUUUGAGCUGCAGCAGACAGACCCAGUCAACCCAGUGGUGUUGCACUGUGACAACCCUCCCUUCUACCGUUUUGCUGCCAGCAACAAAGCCUCCACCUCACAGACCGGCACCACCUCCAGCAGUAACACUGUGGUGGCCGGUCAGGAGAACCUGCCAGACACAGAUGAGAACAAGCUGGUCAGGGAGGAAGAGCGCAGGGCGAGGGCACACAACAGACUCGAGUCUCGCUACAGCAACAGCUCUGGAGGUUCCUACGAGGACGAAAAGAAUGACCCUCUCCCACCAUAUGCUGGUUGGCUACUGAGUGUUCUGGAGACCAACCGUCCUCAGCCGCUACCGAUGCCUGUUAACGGUGGCUGCUGGGCUCCUCUGGUUGACUACCUCCCAGAAACCAUUACACCUAGAGGACCACUGCACAGGUGUAACAUUGCGGUGAUAUUCAUGACUGAGAUGGUGGUGGACCACAGUGUGAGAGAGGACUGGGCUCUGCACCUGCCCCUGCUACUCCAUGCCCUUUUCCUGGGUCUGGACCACUACCGGCCAGAGGUCUACGAACACAGCAAACGCCUCCUUCUCCACCUCCUCAUCGCCCUCUCCUGCAACAACAACUUCCAGGUCAUAGCCUCAGUUCUGAUGCUGACGAGAGAGAUCAGUGACAACAAGACGCUCACAAUCAAGUCCAGCUACCACACAGAGUACCAGCAGUCCCAUGCACCAGACUUCCUGCGAGAGUGGCAGUCGUCUCCAGUGGCCGACUCAGGCCUCUGCUCCACCUCCAACUCGUCCUCGGCCAGUCUGGGUGGCGGCAGCAUUGCGGGCAGUGUUGGAAAUCUUCCUCUUGUGACCCCUGAUGACCUGGAGGAUCUUGAAGAUGGGUCCAACGAGACGGAUGAGAAGACAAACAAACUCAUUGAGUUCCUCUCCACAAGUGCCUGGAGUACUGUGUUAUUGUUGCUCAGAGCGUUUGGGCCGCUGUGGGUGCACGAGGACAUCACACCAAAGAACCCCAACUCCAAGAGCUCGGAGCAGCUCUCCAACUUCUUACGGCACGUCGUCUCUGUCUUCAAGGAGUCCAAGUCUGACUUCCACCUGGAGCAGGAGCUGAGUGACGUGGCUUUACAGACGGCUCUGUGCAGCUCCUCGCGUCACUAUGCCGGCCGCUCUUUCCAGAUCUUCAGAGCCCUCAAACAGCCAAUCAACAACCACGCCGUCUCUGACCUGAUCUCACGGCUGGUGGAGGUGGUGGGAGAACAUGGAGAUGAGGUGCAGGGGUAUGUGAUGGAGGUGCUGUUGACGCUGGAAUCAGUGGUGGUGAAUUUAGCAGAAUGUCUGAAGAACAGCGACCUUAUGGCAGCUCUAACCAGGACGUCCUCACCAGACUUUGUGACCAGUGAGAAACUGAUGAACAGGAAGAGCACGGGCCAGUUGAACUUCCCUGGCCCAGGGUUCGCGGGGUUGUCAUCGCAACGUCACCAACGCUCCUACUCCGUCCCCAAGAAGUUUGGUGAAUGUAACAACCCGUCGUACGAUCCUCCUCGUAGUGCAACUCUGGAUCGCAUUCAGGCCUGCAACAGUCACGGCCUCUCCCGAUCAGGAAGAAUCCCCGGCUCCUGCACGUCAUCCACCAAUCGUAUCGAUCCCAGCGUUCUGUCGGACCCCGCCCACGUUUCUCAUCCCUCAUCGAUACUGGCCACGGUCUUCUGGGUGGCCGUGGCACUCAUGGAGUCGGACUUUGAGUUUGAAUAUCAGAUGUCACUUCGUCUGGUUCACAAGCUGCUUUCAAAGGUUCCUUUAGACAGAGCGGAGAACCGUGAGCGCCUCGAGAAGCUGCAGGCUCAGCUGAGGUGGAGCGGCUUCUCUGGGAUUCAGCAGCUUUUGUUGAAGGGCUUCACCUCCCAGUCCACUUCCGACCUCACCUUGCAGCUCUUCUGCCAGCUCACGCCCGUGUCCCGUGUGCCUGUGGUGGACAGCUCACAGUCUAUCGGUUUCCCUCUGAACGUGCUGUGUCUGCUGCCUCACCUUGUGCUGCACUUUGGCCACCCCACUCAGUUCUGUAAAGAGAGCGCUGAGAGGAUCGCACAGGUGUGUUUGGUGGAGAAGAAAACCAAGCUGUCCCAUUUGGCCCAUGUGAUGACGCUCUACAAGACGCGCUCCUACACACGAGACCCGUUCUCCUGGGUCAGUGUGGUUUGUCGCUACCUCCAUGAGGCUUUCUCCGACAUCACACUGAGCAUGGUCACCUAUAUGGCUGAGCUGUUGGACAAGGGCCUUCCCAGCAUGCAGCAGUCUCUCCUCCAGAUCAUCUACUGUCUGCUCAGUCACAUGGAUCUGACGGCUGUUCACGUCAAACAGUUCAAUGCUGAUGUCACCAAGACCAUUGAGAAGUUUGUCCAGACCGUACACUGGAAGGAUGCUCUGAACAUCUUAAAACUGGUGGUAUCACGUUCUGCCAGCCUCGUUCACCCGGCGUACGGCCACACGCAGGGUGACCUUUCCAACCUGGAGGUCAGCCGGGUGUGGGACGGCUCAGCCAAGGCUCUGCCUGGGAAAACACUGGACUUCACCUUCGACAUCUCGGAGACUCCAGUGAUUGGCCGUCGGUUUGACGAGCUCCAGGGUUCAGGGGGUAGAGAGGGGAAAGCCAGAGCCAUGGCUGUGACCCGCAGCACUUCCUCCACUUCCUCCGGAUCCAACUCCAACACCAUCCUGGUGCCCGUCAGCUGGAGGCGGCCACAGUCAUCUCAGAAAAGAACCAGAGAGAAGCUGGUGAACGUUUUGUCUCUUUGUGGACAAGAAGUUGGACUCACUAAGAACCCAUCUGUGAUCUUCUCAUCGUGUGGCGACUUGGACAUGAUGGAGGUGCGAGAGAGCGGCGUGUCAUCGGAGGAGGGCGGGACUAGAGAGGACACACUCGAUGACACCGCCAGCGAGCAGCAGUUCAGGGUUUUCAGAGACUUUGACUUCCUGGACGUGGAGCUGGAGGACGGAGAGGAGCUCCAGGGCGAGACUGUCGAUAACUUUAAUUGGGGCGUGCGUCGGCGAUCUCUGGACAGCACGGAGCUGGGGGACCUGUUAGAGGAGAGCCAGCACUCAGGCAGCACCCCCAGCCUGGGUCACGAGGACCCCCACGAUUCGGAUGAGUCGUCAGAGGAGGAGGAGUCUUCAACCAGCCAGAGCCUCUCUCACUCUCAGCUCACUAACCCUUCUCCAUCAGAGGAGACAAAUCACACCGAUUCUCUGUCGACUUCUUAUGACACAUCUGCCGACCCACUUUCGUUCAAUGCUACCACACCAGGCCAUGGGGGCAUCCUUGAUGACCUCAGCGGCCUACAUGGGAGGGUGUACGGUGAUGAUGAGGACACUCAGGCCCAGGACGACGAGCUGUCCCUGAGCACCAACGAGCUCCCUCACGGCUCCGACUGCGGCGAGAGCUUUACCCUGGAGCUGCCGGGGCAGCCUCAGGAUCAGCUGCCCACCCAGGACCACCGCCUCAACCCAGACUACUGCCAACCACCGCUGGACUUUCUAGACCCCAACUGUCUGCCCAGCUUACGUGAUGAUGUAGAUGACUUGGAAGACCUUGGUUUUCCUCCUCCCCCCUCUCCAUUUUUCUCCGCCAUCUUGGCAGCCUUCCAACCCACAGUGUGUGACGACGCCGAGGACGCGUGGCGCUGUCACAUCAACCAGCUCGUGACCGACUCAGACGGGUCCUGCGCCGUCUACACGUUCCAAGUCUUCUCCUCUCUCUUUAAGAACAUCCAGGGGAAGUUCUGCACCCUGACGACUGAUGUUGCCACUUACCUGGGAGAGGGCUUGAGGGGCAUUGGGUCAAAGUUCCAAAGAUCCUCACAGAUGCUGACUACCUGCUCCGAUUGUCCCACAAUCUACAUCGAUGCUGACACGAUCAUGUCCUAUGGUCUCCUUGAAAAGAUGAAGUUCAGUGCGCUGGAGCUGCAGGAAUACCUGGACACCUACAACACCAAAGAGGAGGCUGCUGUACUGUGGCUGAGGAACUGUAGGGACACGUUCCCACGGUGUCCUGGUGAAAGCGUAGUUUCAUGCCAGCCCGGAGACUCGGAGGAGAAGCAAAUGGAGUCUCUUGCACAACUGGAGCUUUGUCAGAGGCUCUACAAGCUGCACUUCCAGCUGCUCCUCCUCUUCCAGUCCUACUGCUCGCUCAUUGGUCAGGUCCAUGCCAUCAGCUCUGUUCCUGAGCUGCUGAACAUGUCUCGAGAGCUCACCGAUCUGAAGACCAGCCUGCAGGCGGCCGAGGCGGCGGUGGCCAGCGACCUGGAGCAGAAGCUCUUGGCCCACGCUCACGCUCACGCCUCCCAGGCCGCCGCCGUGGUCGUGCCCAGCUUCCCGACCUCAGAGGCAGCCGUGCAGGCCAUCCUGGAGUGCCUUAAGAACCUCGAGUUCACCAAAGCUGUGCGCUACAUCCAGGAGUGCAGGCGGCAGUGGCCCAGUGGAGUGUUCGGUGGCAGCUCAGAGACCGAGGUCCAGACGCUGCUCAACAUCUACUUCCGCCACCAGACGCUGGGCCAGACGGGAACCAUCGCCCUGGUGGGCUCGCGCCAGGACCUCAGCCUGAUCUGCUCCAAGCUGCUGGAGCUCAACGGGGAGAUCCGCGACAUGAUCCGCCGCGCCCAGGGCUACCGGGUGGUCACCACCUACCUCCCCGACUCCAGCGUGUCCGGGACCAGCCUCUGA